UUCAAAUUCUUUCAUUUUUUUUUUCUUUUUUUGCUAAAUCCUUCAGAUUGGUAAAGGUGCUUUCCUUUCUUUCAUUCUAUGGGAGGAGGAGACAACAACAACAACAAGGAGAACUGGAGAAGCGAGGAGCUUGGAGACAUCGAUGGUCUUGCUCUCAUUGAUGUCUCCACCGAGGAUGAUAACCUCCUUUUCUUCUCGUCUUCCCUCCCCGAUCCAUCCACCGAGAAAUUCUCAGAUACUGAUAAGGAAGACAGAGGUCUUUGUUUGUUUGGGGAUACACAUGAUUGUUGUGAUAAUGAUGAGAUUGUGGUGUCUUCUUCUACUACUACUUUAGAAGAGAAGGAAUCUCAUAAGAUGAUGAAGACUCAUCUACGCAAGAGUCUUGCUUGGGAUAAAGCCUUUUUCACCAAUCCAGGUGUUUUGGAACCGGAUGAAUUGUGUAGCAUGAUGGAGAGGAAGAAUUUACCAACCAUUCGAGAGGAUUUGCAUAGAUCAACAGAGUCCAUAUCUACAUUCAAAAGUGACUGCACUGUUGAGGAGACUGGUUUGUUUGAAGAUGUAAGAGCGUCAAUCCAAAGGUCUGAUAUAUCGUCUGAUGCAGCAACACCUGACAAGACUAAAGAAUUUGGAGCUAAUGAGGCAGCACCACCUAGCCCAAAAACUACAAGUACAGUAGAGGACCCUGGCUCUGAGGAAAAGAUAAAACCCAAUUCUAUUCGUAAAAGGCCCAGUAUUAAGGCACAAGGAUUAGUAAAGGUGACAAAGCAGCCCAUCGCUACAAAAGAACAUAAUACAUCCAUUCCCAGGCCAUCCACUGGACUCAGCAGAACUACAAGAGGUUCGGUAGAUACUAACAAAGCCAAACAAGAAACGAAUCCUAAAUUAUCUGGGGGUAAAGAGCCUUUGGCUUCCAGAGUUCCAAUUUCAAGAAGAAGUAGACCCACUGUGUCAACACCUGUAGUGCCUUUUAAAUGUGCUUUACGUUCAUCAGUUGCCUCCCAGAAGGAAUUGACAUCUUCUUGCUCUUCACUUGAGAGCUGUCUCAGUGUUUCGUCAAUCGCUUCUAACAAGUCUGCUAUAAAUUCAGUAAAGCAGAAGAAAGAUCAGAGUUUAAGAAUAGCUUCCCAUUCUUUGGCAAGUAGACCAACGUCCAGAGCUGGAUCUAGAAUUAUAGGUCAGCCUAAAGUUUCACCCCUCUCAGCCAGUAAGACAUACAAGUCCAAGCUUAAUGUAUCACGUCUUAGUGCUAGCGUUGACUGGUCAUUCGAAUCACCACGAGCUUCAACACCUAAUAAAAUGGCUAAAGGUAACAAGAAAACAGUCUCUGGUGAAAGCAGCCCUGCAGUUAAUGGUACAACACGGACAUUGAAGCUUUUUAACAAUUCUAUAGAUGCAUCUGCUGUCCAAAACGACCCCAAGUUGGAGAAACGUGGUUCACUUGUCAAUGGUGGCUCUGUGCCUUCUGCUUCCGUGAUGAAACCAACAGGACUCCGCGUGCCAUCACCCAAAAUAGGCUACUUUGACGGAGCGAGGAGUAACAUUGCACGAACACCCACUGGAUCAUGUACUGGUCUGGUAAGUGGCUUGGCAAAACAUGGAGCUCGUACUCCCAAUGGAUCACCUGCUAGUAGAACAACGUCUGGUAAGUCCCAACCUACAAUGUCUAAAGCAAAGGCCAGUCCCCUUUCAAGGAGUUCAAGGAUGAUUGUCUCGGCUUCACCAAAGCUUACCAACAAAAUGUAUUCAAAAGUCAGUGCAGAGGAACAACUCGGAUAAUGUAGGUAUGGUGAUGAAGCCAAAUCACUUGCAACUUGUUAUAAUUUACAGCUUUUAAGUAAAGAAGAGACGGACAACAGGAUAUGUGCUGUCAUGUAUAGUUUUGAUUUGUACUUGCAGUCUGGUUCGUUAUGGAUUUUAUAAAGUAACAAUGUCAACUUGUAUAUCAAGUUCUAAAACCUUCUUUUGAGUAAUACAGUAUAUUUUCAUUA